CUCUCUCUCUCUCUCACACACACAUACACACUCCUAAGAUCGGUUACAAAAGUCGCCCGACAGCCGGCGUAGCUGGGUCUCCCCUCGCUCUUUUGCUCUCCUUCCUCCCUUCUCCACCCAUCCCUUUCCCUCCCCGUCUCCUCCCCUCCUUCCAUAAAGCUGCCUGUGGCUCGCCGUGGGAAGAGAGAGAGAGAGAGAGAGAGCGAAAGCAGCGGCGGGAGGAGGCUGUGCUCGACCUCUUGUUUCUCUAUCUCUCCCUUUUUUAAACUUUCCCCCUCCUGACCGGCCUCGCCAGUCUUCUCCUGCCUGCCUGCCCUCCCUGCCCUCCCUUUGGCACUUGUGGGAGAUCGGGAAGAUGGCUCCUGGCGUCGGCUGGGGGCUCUUCAUCGCCUUCGGCCUGACCCUCGGACAGAUCUGGGUCGUCAGCCCCGUCUCGGCGGAAGGGCCUUUCCCGUCGGCCACUACGAUAAAGCGGUGGGUGGAUAAGAUGCAAGAAGACCUAGUGAGGCUGGUGAGAACAGCAAGUGGGGUGGAUGAACUUGCUAAAAUAUAUCAGGAAAAGCGAGAAUUAUACACCAUAGAAGCCAAUAAUGCACAGCAGCUAGUGGAAAGUGCAGCCCGCGAUAUUGAAAAGCUCCUGAGUAACAGAUCAACAGCUCUGGUGCGACUCGCUGAAGCAGCAGAAAGAUUUCAGAAAGAACAUCAGUGGCAGGAUGAGUUUGCGGCUAAUGAUAUUGUCUACUAUAAUGCAAAGGAUGACCUCAAUGAGUAUGGAAGAAAUGAGAGUGAAACCGGCAGUCAGAGAAUCAAACCAGUAUUUGAAGAGGAUCCAGUUUUUGGCCGGCAAACAUCCUACCAGCAUGCUGCAGUCCACAUACCAACAGAUAUAUAUGAUGGCUCUACAAUAGUAUUGAAUGAAUUGAACUGGACGGGUGCCUUAGAUGAAGUCUUCAAAAAGAAUAGAGAGGAAGAUCAAUCCUUGCUUUGGCAAGUUUUUGGCAGUGCAACUGGCCUGGCAAGAUACUACCCAGCAUCCCCAUGGGUGGACAAAAGUCGCACUCAGAACAAGAUUGACCUGUAUGAUGUCCGUAGAAGACCAUGGUAUAUCCAAGGGGCUGCAUCUCCCAAAGACAUGCUCAUUCUAGUUGAUGCGAGUGGCAGUGUUAGUGGACUGACACUGAAGUUAAUCCGAACAUCUGUCAUUGAAAUGUUAGAAACCUUGUCCGAUGAUGAUUUUGUGAAUGUAGUUUCGUUCAAUGAAAACGCUCAGAAUGUCAGUUGUUUCAACCACCUUGUACAAGCGAAUGUAAGAAACAAGAAGAAGUUAAAAGAAGCUGUUUAUAAAAUCCAGGCAAAAGGAAUAACUGAUUACAAAAAAGGCUUUAGUUAUGCAUUUGAACAGCUGCUAAAUCACAAUCACAGUGUCUUCAGAGCCAACUGCAACAAGAUUAUAAUGUUAUUCACUGAUGGUGGAGAAGAAAAAGCACAAGAGAUCUUCGAUAAAUACAACGUGGAAAAAAAAGUCCGUGUCUUUACAUUUUCUGUUGGUCAGCACAAUUAUGACAAGGGACCCAUACAAUGGAUGGCCUGUGCAAAUAAAGGUUACUACUAUGAAAUCCCUUCCAUUGGUGCCAUAAGAAUAAACACACAGGAAUACUUGGAUGUUUUAGGGAGACCCAUGGUUUUGGCUGGAAAAAAAGCUAAACAAGUCCAGUGGACCAAUGUUUACUUGGAUGCACUGGAACUUGGUUUAGUCAUUUCCGGAACUUUGCCUGUCUUCAAUUUGACAGUAGACCAAAACAACAAACAGAACCAACUCAUACUUGGAGUAAUGGGAGUUGAUGUAUCACUAGAAGAAAUUAAAAAGCUGACUCCUCGAUUUACAUUAUGUCCGAAUGGUUAUUAUUUUGCAAUUGACCCCAAUGGUUACGUGUUGCUUCACCCAAAUCUUCAACCAAAGGAAUGGGACAUGGACUGCAAUACUACUUUUGCCACCACAAUGCCUUCAUGCAUGCUGCCUGGGUAUGAUCCUUCUAAAGCCAUUCCACUGCAUAAUCCCAAAUCUCAGGAGCCAGUGACACUGGAUUUUCUGGAUGCAGAGCUAGAAAACGAUAUUAAAGUUGAGAUUCGGAAAAAAAUGAUAGAUGGAGAAAGUGGGUAUCGGACAUUUAGGACACUGGUGAAAUCUCAGGAUGAACGCUACAUUGACAAAGGAAACAGAACAUACACUUGGACGGCUGUAAAUGGUACUGAUUACAGCUUGGCCUUGGUAUUACCAUCCUACAGUUUUUACUAUAUUAAAGCCAACCUAAAUGAAGCACUACUUCAGGCUAGAUUUACUGAAACUCUGAAGCUAGAUCGCUUUGAUGAAUUUGGAUACACAUUUUUAGCACCAAGAGAAUACUGUGGUCCUGUGAAAAUAACUGACAACAACACAGCAUUUCUUCUGAAUUUCAGUGAAUAUAUUGAUAGGUAUACACCACAAAGUACUUUGUGCAAUGAUAUGGUUAUGAGAGCUUUGCUGGAUGCAGGAUUUACAAGUGAACUUGUUCAGAAUUACUGGAGUAAGCAGGACCUUGAAGGAAUCACAGCACGUUUUGUAGUUACUGAUGGAGGAAUCACAAGAGUGUAUCCCAAAAGUGCAGGUGAAUAUUGGACAGAAAAUGCUGAAACAUAUGAACAGAGUUUCUACAAGAGAAGCUUGGAUAAUGAAAACUAUGUCUUUACAGCUCCCUUCUAUAAUAGAAGUAUAUAUGAAGAUGGUAUUAUGGUAAGCAAGGCUGUGCAAAUAGAUAUCAAUGGAAAACUUCUAAAGCCUGCAGUUGUUGGAGUGAAAAUAAAUGUAACCACCUGGAUGGAUAAUUUCACCAAGAUCACCACAAAGAAUCAGAUUCAGUGCAAAAGCGAACUGUGUGGAUGUGAAAAAAAUAGUGUGCAUGUUGACUGUGUAAUCCUUGAUGAUGGGGGAUUUCUUUUGAUGACAAAUCAGGAAGAUUAUAUUCCAGAGAUUGGAAAAUUCUUUGGUGAGAUUGAUCCAGGCCUGAUGCGCAAUCUCAUUAAUAUGUCUUUAUAUGCCUUCAACAAGUCUUACGAUUAUCAGUCUCAGUGUGAUCCAGAAGAAGAGCCAAGGCAAGGAGCUGGACUCCGAUCUGUCAAUGUGCCUACAAUAGCAGAGAUUUUACAUCUGGGGUGGUGGGCUUCUGCAGCUGCAUGGUCUAUCUUGCAGCAGCUCUUUUUGGGCCUGACAUUUCCACGUCUUCUUGGUGCAGUUGAAGUAGAAGAUGAAGACCUGAGUGCCAGCCCAUCAAAACAGAGCUGCAUAACUGUACAAACACAGUAUUUCUUUGGAAAUGACGAUAAAUCAUUCAAUGGUAUCCUAGACUGUGUAAACUGCUCCAGACUUUUUCAUGCAGAGAAAAUUUCUAAUACAAAUUUAGUAUUCAUAAUGAGUGACAGCAAAGAUAUGUGCUCUCAUUGUGAUGCCAGGCCACUGAUGCAAGCUGAAAAGCCAGAUGAAGGACCUAACCCCUGUGAAAUGGUGAAACAACCCAGAUACAGGAAAGGACCUGAAGUCUGCUUUGAUAAUGAUGCUAAAGAUCAGCCUAUAUGCACAACGAGUCGUGCCUCUUCCAUGAUGUCCGCUCCUCUCUUCAUUUUUCUGCAAGUGUUCAUGUGGUGUGGAUGGAGGAUUCAACAGACUGUGGUGGGGUCUCUGGCCUGAGCCCAUCACUAUGGUCUAUGGUAGGAAUCCAGAUUAUCCUGUUCUGGCUGUUAUCUGGCAGUAGACAUUGCCAGUUAUGACCAUGUUGAAACCAAAAUCUGCCUAAUAAAGAAGCCUAUCAUUUCAUUUGGAAAAAAGAAGGGGGUUCAUUCUGUUCAGACAACAGAUAAAUGGCAGUGUCCAUAAAGUGAUAUUCUUUUUUGGAAUAACUCUGAAGGCACCCACUGUGGCUGCAUGUUGGCGUGUCAGAUCCGUAGAUGUGUGUGAAUGCUGCAUUCAUCUAGGCCACUGGAACUGAAUUCUAUAUGUGCUUCAUUGAGAAAUUGUUGUAGUUUUGAAGACUUUUAAGUGAAAAGGGCUUCCCUUUAAAAGGUUACACAACUUUUAUUUAUUUGAUCUUAGUUUUGAAUAUGUUUCAUUCUUUAUGUAAUAGUUUUUUAAGAGUGGCGGAAAUCCUAUCAUUUCCUUAGCCCUCUUAUUGUGAGUAUUUCAUGCCUCCUUUCAAACUUAGUUAUGUCCAGAUCAUGGACUUUAGUUUCUAAAAGAAUAAUUUCAUUCUGGCUAUCCCAGGGGUUUCCUAACAUGUGAAGUUGGCUGGGCACAUUCAUAAUUUUGCAGAAGUAUUAUUGGCCUCAUCACAAAAUAAUUGUCAUGUGGCACGUCUGUUCACAAAUUGAUGGCCACAGUAGUUGUGGCCAGCUACAAAAACUAUUCAUUUCAAAGAAGGGUGAAGUGUACUUAAAAACAAAUAAGCUAUUGCUGGUUGUAGUAGUGGUAUGUCUGAGAACAAAAAAGUAGACCAUACCUUCAAACUCAUUAAUUGAAAGGUCACCCGAAAUAGAGAUUCCUUAAACACUGUCUAAGCUCAUAAGCAACCAGGCCUCCUUUUUCUUUCACCCACAAUUUCAAUUUUAACAGGCAUGAGGAGCCAAGUGCUACCUUCCAACUAUCAUCUGCAUUUUCUGCAAAUGCCUGUGCACCUAUGUGGAGCCCAGAGGGGCAUUCUGGAUAAGUGAUGAUGAAGACUGGUGCUUAGCUUUGCAGGACAUGGAAGCUGCCAGGUUUCAAAAAGCUUUAAAACUAAGGGAGACUUCAGGGUGCUUUGUGGGCACCAAGAGACCUGCAAAUUCUGCAUUGGGGUCUCCAGGGCUAGCCAGCUACAGAGAUUCUCUGAAACAUAAAAUGCCUUAUUCUGAGUGAUUUUUUUCUCCUCUCUGUAAAUUACGACAAAUGGGCAAGCAGCUAAGUUUGAGUAGGUUUGUGAUAUUUUGUGUGUGUGAAUUUUUAUAUUGCAAAAACGUGUCAAUGAGAAAAAGAAAAAGAGACAUAGCAUAAUUUAUCAAUGGAAAGUUUGUUGAGAAUUUCAUACUUCAACAGGAAAAAUGGUAUCUGUUCUCUACUGCACAAUUGUCAAUGUCUAUGCCAUGGUCCCUGUUCUCAGAACAGUUCCUUAUCACUAAGUUGUCCAAAAUGUUCAGACACAAAGUUUGUGAGUAAAAAAUGUCUUUGUGAAUAUUGAACAUUGGUUGCCAAGGGUAUUUUGCAUGAUGAUGAAGUUGCUGCUUUGCUGUCUCUUUCAGUUUGGUUAUUUUCUCCUUUUCCCUUUAGAUGGUUGACUAUAGUUUAUUUCAAAGGUAACUGAGUGAUUGUUUUGUUGUGUGAGAAACCAAAUAUUGCAAUGUGAUGCCAUUUUAAUCUUAAGUGAUAUACUGUUAAAACAGAUAUCUGAAUAUACUGUGCAACAUAAAAACUGAAAAGGGGUAUAGUACAUUUAGUUGCUGCACAAAUAGGAAGAGAUGGGUUUUAUGCCAGUGAAAAGAAAUGCCAGAAAUUGUGUCUACAGAUAUUUUAAGUAAAUGAAAUCAAAUUAUAGCUCUUUCUUUUUGAAGAGUGUAUAUGCUCAAAUUUGUAACUCGUGGAUUUUGUUGCUGUUGUUUCUUUCUAUUACAAUUAGUUAUAAAGUAUCCGACCCCUCUAUUUUUUUAGUAAAAAAAAUAGCAAGCUGGAAAGCCCAGAAUUUACUGAAAUGAUAUCAAAAUCUGAAGAAAUGGGGAGCCUUGAAUCUAUAUGUAUGUACAGUGAUACUUGAUUAUGAAUAAUAAUAAAUCCAUGUUUUAUAUAAACCUAGUAAUUAUUCAGAGCAGUAAAGUCAUUAUAAGUUUACAGUAUAGAAUAGCAUAGAAACAAGAUAGAAUAAUUUUGUUCCAAUCCCAUUUUCACUAGACUAGCCAGUAUUGCAAGACAACUAAAUAAAUAAAUGUGCAACUUCGCUGCGGUCAAUUCACCCUACAGAAUUAUAGCACUGUUAUUCCACUUUAACUUUCAUGGUUCCAUCUUCUGGAAUCUUGGGGUUGCCAGUUUAGGAACUUGCAGUUAAAUUUCUCAGAGAGCUCUAGUAUAUAACAAAGCUCCAGGAUUCCAUAGGAUAGAACAAUGGUAGUUAAAGUGAAAUAAUCGCACCAUACUUCUCUAGUGUGAAAGAGCCUCAGGAGAAGAGAGGAAAAUAUUUAAAACCACUAUGCUGAUAAAUGACUUCCAUCUAAUGUUAUGUUCCAAGUUUUGUUCCAAUUUUAGGAGGAUAAUUUGGGAGUGCAUUAACAUUUUUUUUAAAAAAAUCACAUUUUUACACAAAUAUAAAGUUUUAUUUUCUAGUUUUUCCUAGGUCUGAUUUUUUUCCCUUUCCACCAGCAAAUUUCCGCAAUAGCUGUUAAAAAUCAAGAGUACAGAAAAACGAGAUUUUGUGUGAAGUUGCUUAACUCUUUUGUAAGGCCAUGUAGGUCUAGGUAUAGAUUCAAGGGAUUCUGCAUAAGCAAUGUCUCGCUAACAUGUUUCAAAAUGGUGGAAUAAAAAUGACUCAGGAGGAUUACAUUCAGAUUUGGGAUGUUUUCCUUACCAAUUAGAAUUCUUUUUAUGAAGAUGGUACAUGUAAGGGAGUGUAUUGACUGUGCAUUUAUUUGUGUUUUAAUUUCAGUAAUUUAAGACUAGUGAUUAAUUAACGCUGUGCUCCUUUAGCUUUUGUUCCCAAAGCAAAUAAAGUAGAAUUGUGGUAUUGCCUAAA